AUGUCAUCCCAGCCCCUCACUGUAGUGUUCGGAGGUGGUGCCAUCGGAAAUCGCGAUCCAUGGACUAAACCUGAAGACCUCGACAACGUCUAUUCCAUUCUCCUGAAGCACAACUGCACCCAUAUUGACAGCGCGCAACUCUAUGGAGAAUCUGAAGCCACUCUAGGUCUAACCAAGGCCGGCGAGAAAUUCACCAUCGACACCAAAUGGGUCGGCGGUUUCACUGGAGGCGGCGGGUCCAGUCGUGAGAACAUCGUCAAGUCGGGUCAGGAAAGUAUCAAGAAACUCGGUGUCAAGCAGGUCGACAUCUUCUACCUGCACAGUCCAGACCCCAAGACCCCCAUUGAGGAGACACUUGCGGGCGUCCAGGAGAUCUACCAACUUGGUCUUUUCAAGCGUUUCGGUGUAAGCAAUUUCAAGCCGGAAGCUGUGCAGCAGGUCUACGACCACUGCAAGGAGCAAGGUUACGUUCUGCCGACAGUCUACCAGGGCAAUUAUUCCCCCGUCGCUCGGAGGCAAGAAACAACUCUCUUCCCGGUCCUUCGCAAGCUGGGCAUUGCUUUCUACGCAUACAGCCCGCUCGCUGGUGGGUUUUUGACCAAGACCCCCCAACAGCUCGAAGAGGGAGCAGGUCGCUUCAACGAUGAGGUUAUCGGCGGCAUGUAUAAGCGUAUGUACGUCAAGCCCACGCUUAUCAAAGCUCUCGAGACAUGGGCAUCGAUCGCGGAACAAGAGGGCGCCACCAAGGCUGAGCUCGCAUACCGCUGGGUGACGUACAAUAGCCCUUUGAAGAAGGAGAAUGGUGAUGCUAUCAUCAUCGGCGCGAGCAAACAUGAGCAGUUGGAACAAACCUUGGCGGGUAUUGAGAAGGGAAAGUUGAGUGACAAGGCGGUCAAGGACAUCGAUGAGAUCUGGGAGCAGAUCAAGGAUGAGGCUCCCUUGGACAACUACAACGGGUGA